CCGGUAGGACAGUUCAGCAGUGCACUGCGAGGUGUUCGCUUCUGAUUGACUUUUUUUUUUGCUCCCCAGAAGGGGCCAUUCUAAUUUUCUCUGGCUGUGUGUGGGGCACCGUUGUGGGCACACAGUUAAUUUUUUCGGGAAUUUAUUCAAACGAGAUACGAAUUAAUUCUCUGAUACGCCGCGACACGUGAGGCAAUUUAUUGAAUAAAUUGUAAAAGAAUAUUUAAAACAGAAAGUGUUUCAAGUGUUGAGAAUUUAAUGUGAAAAUUCCUCUGGAAAUCUUUAUUUGAUCAGUUUGAAGGAAAGCAUUUUCAUUCCACCUGAUCGUGCUUAAUACCCCCCUUAUCGGAUUCUUUAUUUUUUUUUCCACUGGCAAUAUCGCAAUUUAUUUCUUAUCACAACUGGAACACUAUUGCUUUAGUGAUAAAAUUUUGACCGUCAAAAUAGCUAAAGCGAGGCUCUCAUUUCGUGUGAAAAAUAGUGCUUACGGUGGAAAAAAUUUCCAUAAUAACUAUUUGUGUGGGGUAUAUGUAGGUGGAGAUAGUCGUGCACUUAAAGACAAGCACAUCAGUCCAGCUUUGAAGCCUAUAAAGUCUGGAGAAGCUUUUCUUGUGGAUCUUGGAUGAAAAAAAAAUGCGUGCGGGGCGUGCAAUUGCGUCAUGAUAAACUCUAACAAAAAAAAGAAUAAAUUCUAUUUGCAUCAGUGUGAUCUAGUAAAGUGAUAUAAUUCUAUCGUGUCUGUAAAUAAUCCACCCAAAAAAACACGUGUUUGUUCUUUGGAUUUCGAUACACACAUCUCCUUAAAGGCGACGAAAAAUAAAGAAAGAAAAAAAAUGUUUGCCCAAAUGUUAAAUUGUAGUGUUGCUCUUAAUUUAUUAUUCAUCGUGCUUUUCACGACAAUUCAUGCGAGAGUUUUCCCAACACCACCAGACAUAACAGAAGAUACGGAUCACUGGCUCAGGCUGUCCGAGGCUCAUCUGCGUCGCAAAUUGGCGGCAAAUGGACAUCGAGGGGAGCACACGUUGGCGAAAAAUGUGAUAAUUUUCGUGGGAGACGGCAUGGGGAUGCCAACAAUUACAGCUGGGCGGAUCUACAAGGGGCAGAAGAAGUCACAGUAUUCGGGAGAGGAGACUCAGCUAUCCUUUGAUGUCUUCCCAAAUAUUGGGCUGGCAAAGACUUACAACACGGAUAAGCAGGUCCCAGAUUCCGCAGGAACAGCCACAAGUCUCUUCACGGGCAGUAAAACCCGCUACGGGUACAUUGGUGUGGACAGUACGUCCAGCUAUGCGAAUCCCAAUGCAGGGAAGUUGACUUCCAUCAUGGAUUGGGCGCAGGCGAAUGGCAAGAGAACGGGCUUCGUGACAACAACACGGGUCACGCACGCUACACCGGCAGCUUUGUAUGCUCACUCCCCGAAUAGGGAUUGGGAAUGUGAUUCAGCUGUUCCCGAUGUGGUACCGAGUACAGCUUUUAAGGAUAUUGCACGGCAGCUUGUUGAGGAAGCUCCUGGGAGAAGGAUGAAUGUCAUUAUGGGCGGUGGGCGCGAGAUGAUGGGGGUCAAGGAGAAGUUGUACGACAUUUCGCAGAUUAAGAUGAAUGGAAGCUUUGAGCAACUCUGUCCGCGAACAGAUGGACGGAAUCUCGCUGAAGAAUGGCUCGAGGAUAAUCUUGUGAAUUCCACAAGAACAUUCGUCAAGAAUACAGGGCAAUUGCUUGCCGUGGAUACGGAGAAUGUGGACUACCUUCUGGGGCUCUUUGCUCAGAAUCACAUUCCGUACAAUUUGGUGCGUGAAAAGGGUGCUUCGGGGGCCCCAUCGCUCGCUCAAAUGACCUCCCAGGCUAUCAAGAUUCUCCAGAGGAAAUACUCAAAAGGAUUCGUGCUUAUGGUUGAAGGGGGACGCAUUGAUCAUGGGCAUCAUCAGAAUUAUGCCCACAUUGCUCUUGAGGAGUUUGUGGAGCUCGAUGCAGCCAUUGAAACAGCCCUGAAUCUCACAAAUCCCAAAGAAACUCUAAUCAUCGUUACAGCUGAUCACUCCCACGCAAUGGUUUUCAAUGGGUAUGCAACACGAGGCAAUGAUAUUCUGGAGUUUGGGAACAAAGCCCAAGUGGAGCCGUAUGAGACUCUGACGUAUGCCAAUGGCCCCGGGUUCCUCUACCAUCGCCUCAAUAAAUCCCAAGAGGAUCAUGGGAUGUCCCAAACAUGGAAGCACGUAGAGACAAUCUCAAGUACAGAGCGUGAGGAUCCUUUCUACAGGCAUCUCUCCACCUUCCCCCUGGGGGAUGCAACACACGCCGGAGAGGAUGUUCCCGUCUACGCUACGGGUCCCGGGAGUGACCUCAUUUACGGGGUAUUUGAGCAAAACUACAUUGCCCACGUGGUUGGUUUUGCCACCUGCAUGGGACCCACAAAACACCUCAAUGAGGAUUGUCACAAGUACAAAUACUUCUUCCAACGUGGCUCUGCCCCCAAUCUCAUCCCAGCAUCAACAGUAUUAAGUUUAAGUCUUGUCCUAGUCCUAGCUGCAGUACUCAACUCACGGUAUUAAGUAUAAGAACAACGAAGUUUAGAGGAAAGACGGAUGAUGUGGUUUUCCAGCUUUGUAAUCCAUAACUAUCCUUGUUCUUUUUAUGAAAAACAAAAUGUUUAUACAUAAUGUCUUUUACACAGAAUAUAUAUGUAUAUAAUUUAUAUGGGUAUUUAUGUAAUAAGAAGUUUUACCAACAAUAAAAUCAACCAUUCCUAUAUUA